UUAUAAUUUAAAAAUUAUAGUUGCCGGUAAUGCAACAUUACUGCAUAUAUAUAGUUUUGUGAAAAUUUAUACUACUAUUUGUUAUUUAUUUAUCCUUAUUUUUCAAUUAAAAAAUAUACUUUUAACUUUUCUUUUCUCAAAGUAUGGAAUAAUGAUGUUUAGAAGAAUUUUAACAUUACGCACAUCAAAUGGUUUACCUUUUUUAACACCAGGUAUUUCAUCAAUAACUAAGGUUAUAUCUCGAACAUUAUCAGAGCAAGAGGACAUAGACGUUGUAGGAAAAUGGGAUUUAUUAAGCGCUGUUUGCUUAGAACGUCAUCCAGUAAUUACAAAACCCAUGUUAGAUAUAGAAGUAAGAUACCAAAACAUGCUACAACAGAUAGAAUAUGAAAACAGUAUGAUAUCAGACUUUGAAAUGCGAAAACAAAAGAUCAGAAGUCAGAAAACACAGACAUCUGCUAAAAAAACAGAUAAUAUUAUUUCUAAGGAUACAAUACAAGACAUUGAAGAUUCUUGGGAAGAAGAAUUAAAAAACUUUAAAUUUGCUUCAAAAAUAAGUGAAGUUGAAGAAGAUAAUGCAGUUGUAUCACUGAAACGCAAGCUAGAUAAAAAUUUAGUGUUAUUAGUAGAACAAAAUGUUGGCGAUUCUAAUUUCUGGAUUCCCCCACAAAGUAUAAGAAGACAUGGAGAAACUAUGAUACAAACUGCACAUAGAAGUGUUCAAGAAUUGUGCGGAAAUGACAUCAAAGUACAAUUUUAUGGCAAUGCGCCAAUUGGAUUUUAUCAAUAUAUGUAUCCUAGAAAUAUACAAGAGAAAGGCCAAAAUGGAGCAAAAAUUUUCUACUUUUUAGCAAAAUAUAUAAGUGGAGAUAUUUCUUCCAAUGUAAAGCACUGUUGGUUAGAUAGAGAAGAACUUAAAAAAACUUUACACCCUGAUGUUCACAAAAGUAUAGCUAAAUUCUUAUUACCUGAUUAAAUUACUGUACAAUAUAAGGUAGACAAUUUUUAAAUACAUAUGUAGAACAAGGAUUGUUAACUACAUAUUUGUUUGUCUUUAUGCAAUAAAUAUUCAAAUGGUAAAUUUUAA